AUGAUUGGUAGUAUCAAAACGUUAUGUGCCAUUGAAGGAAUUCCAAUGGCUUCUAUGAGACUGAAACACUUCAUAACUGCUCCGAUAUUUUACGCUAAUGGACCUCCACAUAUUGGUCAUCUUUACACUGCGCUGUUAGCAGAUGCUUCAAAUCGUUGGAAGCUAUUAAAGGCUGGUAAUGGUGAUUCGAAUGAUUCCUUGUUCACAACGGGAACUGAUGAACAUGGCUUAAAGAUCCAGCGAACUGCUACAGCAGCCGACUAUGAUCCACUAAGUUAUUGCAAUAACAUUAGCAAUAAAUUCAAAGAUCUGUUUUGCGCCUUUGGUAUACAACCUAAUGAUUUUAUCCGGACCACUGAAAUACGGCACAAAGAAGUUGUUGAACAUGUCUGGACAGAACUGGAUAAGCGAGGUCAAAUACAUCGGGGUAAACAUGAGGGCUGGUAUUCAACUACUGAUGAAUGCUUUUAUGCCAGCGAUGAAGUAGAAAAAUUGAAUGGACAAACUUAUGUGGUUAGUAAAAUGACGAGAUCGGUUGUAGAAUGGGUGCAAGAAGAAAAUUAUGUAUUCCCUUUGUAUAAAUAUCUUGAUGCGGUACGAAAGUGGCUCAGUAGUUAUGAUGUUAUACGUCCUAAGGUUUAUUUUCCGGAAGCAUUUCAACAAGCAAGCAUAGAAGGAAACCUUUCACUAUCAAGAGAUAGAAAGCGAGUCAGUUGGGGUAUUCCAGUGCCAAAUGAUGAAAGUCAAACGAUAUAUGUUUGGUUCGAUGCACUAAUGAAUUAUUUAACAGUAAGUGGUAUUUUCUCUAAUAAGAAAAAGUCAAGUUGGCCGCCGACAUGUCAGAUUGUUGGCAAAGAUAUUUUAAAAUUUCAUGCAGUUAUUUGGCCGGCAUUUUUACUUGCACUCGAUCUUCCUCUUCCGGAGCGCAUAUUUGUCCACAGUCACUGGCUUGUUGAUGGAGCUAAGAUGUCAAAAAGUGUUGGGAAUGUGGUUGAUCCAUUUAUUGCAGCCAGAUCGUUAUCUGAAGAGGGAUUGAGGUAUUUCUUGCUUCGACAAGGAACUCCACAAAGUGAUGCAAAUUUCAUAAUGUCAAAAGCUGUCAAUGUCAUCAACACGGAUCUCGUCAAUAAUGUUGGAAAUUUGCUGCAACGCUCAAUGAUCAAAAAGCUUAAUCCGUCUCAAACAUAUCCAGCAUUUUAUCCGGACUCAUUUCAUAAUAGUUUAUUAGAAUUAGGUGAACCAAUGAUAAAGUCAAUCAACUGUUUGGCAGGAUUAUACGAAGAACAAUUUGAGGAAUUAAUGAUUUAUAAAGCUCUCGAACUUCUCAUGGAGGUUGCGCGGCAAGCAAAUGGUUUUUUUCAGUCCCAUGAACCAUGGAAAGAACUGGACGAUAGAAAGGUAUCUACUUUGUUAUAUACCUGUUAUGAAGUGUUGCGAAUUUGCGGAAUUUUAUUACAGCCAGUUGUACCUCAUUAUGCAGAUCGUCUGCUAAGUAGGUUGGGGAUAAAAAGAAGUGAACGAGGUUUGGAUAACGUUAAGUUUAUAACAGAUUCAAAAUACUUCGGCAGGCCAUUGGGUGAAUAUAGUGGUCCGCUUAUGGACCGAAUUGUGUGCAGGGCUAGCGAAAUUUAA